ACCGUAUCCGGGGCUGAAUACGCGAACCAUCUUUUAGAUUGAGAGACAUUCGGCUGGUUCGUUUCAGCUGCAAUGCUACGCCAUCCUUACUCGUAUCCAGAAUCGGCACUCGUGCAAUUUGUGAGAGCCAACCCACGCAAAAAGAUGGACCGCCAAGCUAGAGCCACAUCUAACCGCCCUCUCGACCCAAAAGUUCUCAUCCACUCACGGCGCACAUCACCAUCUCAACCUCGCAUCGCACCAUGGAUGACCCUGACUGUGACCACAACCGCCCUGCAGGUGCCGACGCCAAUGCCAUCUCCCAGCAUCAAACCGCCCCAGCCGUUCAUCUACUAGCCGGAAACGUCAUCGCUCGGCCGAGACAUGAUGCCCAGGACCACGCCAGCUCCAGUCCACGAGAAUUCUACACCUCCGCCCAAUGGACCGCCGACGGGACCUCGCUCGUAGCCUCGUCCUCGUUCAACUCCAUAUCUACCUUUGUUCUCCCCAGCGACCUUCUCGACUCAUCCUCCAGGCCACGCAGUCUCGCUGCCCAGUCCACCGUCUUCCUCCCCGAACCUACCCAGACCAUCGUCCCGGCGCCGUACUUCUCCCUCACUGAGGCCGCCACUCAAACAGCCCUCGUCGGCUGCCGUGACCACCCCCUCCACUUGUAUCAUCUCUUCCCCCGCGAGGAUGGGCCUGCCACGCCGCUGGCAUCUUACAAGCUCAUCCGCCACGAGACGGAGGAAUACAUCACGCCGUCGUCGAUGCUAUGGGAGCAUCCCGGAACGCAUUUCCUGUGCGGCUCUACGAACCGCCUCGACUACUUUGACAUGUCGCGCCACGGCUCAGACGGCCCGUUACUCACCAUCCCCACCAUCCCCUCUAAGCGACACAUCGCCAAGGGCAGCGGCAUCGGGAUGAAGGGCACCGUGUCGGCCCUUGCUGCAUCUCCAACGGAAAGCAGCGGCGGCUCCAUUGUCGCUGCAGGCAUGUGGACGAGAUGGGUCGGGCUAUAUGACCUUCAUCGUACGGACAAGGCCGUCGCUAACUGGUCCGUCUCCAACACAGACGACAUGGAUGGCGCCGCGGAAAUUGGUGGCCAAGGCAUAGUCCAAGUACGUUGGAGCCCCUGUGGUCGAUAUCUAGUUGUCAACGAACGCCAGUCUACGGGCCUUCUUGUCUAUGACAUUCGCGGCUCGGGCAGACUCCUCAGCGUGCUCAACGGCCGAGACGCGUCAACACAGCAGAAGCUUUCCUGCGACGUCUUCCAGGGCGACCAACAUGGCGACUCGUCGUUUUUCGAGGUCUGGGCUGGAUCCAAGGAUGGCUCCGUCGUAGUAUGGGAAGACGUCGGCAGUAGCUUUGGCAUCGUAGAGCCGACAUGGGACUGGAAGGCUCACGAGUCUCCCGUCGGCAGCACCAUUCUUCACUCGAGCGGGUCAGUCGCAGCGACGUGCUCUGGGGGAUGGGGAGCACCAUCCGUUCAAGAAAUUGAAGAUGACUUUGGCGAGUCCAAGUCUUUGCCCAAUGCCCAAAGGGUCUUUGACGAAUCUGGACUCAAGAUCUGGUCCAUUGGAGGCUGAUCCAAGACCAGAUGCCUAUCCCGUACAUACUCGGACCAUACGUAGAUACCUUCUCAGCGGUGAUCUGCUUAGAUUGUUUGACAGCGCUCGAGUCGAGCAGACCCAAGAGGAGAGGGACCACGAUCAAAGAUACCCAACUAAAUGAAGCACUUGAGUUUCCGAGAGUAUCACUGGAUGAUUUGGCCACUUCACGAUAGCAAUCGAUCAGCCAGACCAUUAAUAAGCAUAAAUGGUUUGUAUAUUAAGUUCUGUCAAACUUGCCACUUUUGGCGCCGCCGCAGCAGCCCGUGUUCCAUUGCUUUUGAUACCUGGUUGGCUAUUAAGCAACCAAGGCAGAAGGUUCCAAAUCUAGAAGGAAAUUAGCGCGUGAAAUACUCCAUAAUAAAUAGUGUUGAAG